AUGGAUACAUCGGUGUCUUUGCAAGCUAUAGAUUAUAUUGUGUUAGCUGUCAUACUUCUGGUCUCUUUAGGGAUCGGAGUCCUGUUUGCCGUCAAGGAUUUCAAAAAUGCCACCAGAAUUGAGUAUUUACUCGGUGGGCGGCGUAUGUUUAUGUUACCGGUUGCCUUAUCCAUCUUUGCUACCUUUACAUCUGGUAUUUCGCUUAUUGGAAUUCCCACUGAUUUCUACUUAUAUGGAGCCAUGGCCAACCUUAUUAAUGUUGGAAUGGCUAUGAGUUGCCUCUACGUAAUGCUGCUCUUCGUACCUCUGCUGUACCCACUUCAUCUGAUGAGUCUGUAUGAAUACCUGCAUUUAAGGUUCGAGUCCAGAGCUGUGAGACUCCUUGCUGUGGUUCUUGCAAUGCUGCAGACAAUAGGCUACAUGUCAGUAACGCUUCUCUCGCCCGCCCUGGCUAUGCAGGCUAGUGUAGGAUUACCACUGUGGUUGUCUAUUGGAGUGAUUGGACUUAUCGGUGCACUCUACACAGCUAUCGGUGGUAUCAAGAGUGUGGUGUGGACUGAUGUAUUCCAAUGUCUGGUGACGCUGGGUGGCGUUUUAACAAUUAUUAUUAAAGGCUUUUCAGUGGUCGGGGGAGGACACGCCGUUUUCAAGAUUGUACAGGAGAAUGGCAGGGCCUCCUUCACAGAGAUGAGUUUCGAUCCACGAGUGAAAUUCACCUGGUGGGGCACCACUUUCGGAUUCAGUAUUUAUUGGUUUUCCACAAUAUGCAGCCAGUCUUCACUGCAACGAAUAUCUGGCAUGAGAUCGAUGACAGCUGCCAAGCAAGCGUUUCUCAUGAACAGUGUUCUGUUCAUUGUCUAUGGCGCAAUGUUGACGGCAAUGUCAUGGGUGACGUUUGCCUACUUUGUCCAUAUUCGCUGUGAUCCAUUUGAGGCUGCUAUUGUAAGCAAUAAAAAUCAAUUGCCUCCUUAUUUUGUGAUGCGUGCAUUGAGAGACGUCCCUGCCAUCGGUGGAAUUUACAUGGCCAUGAUAUUUAGCAGUUCUCUGAGUACAGUCUCAUCAGGAAUAAAUGCCUUAGCAGCCAACACUGUAGAGGAUUUCCUGAAGAGGCGGCUGCAUAAACUCCAGGAAAGUACAGCCACCCUCAUCACCAAAGUACUAGUUUUUCUCUAUGGCAUCCUAAUCAUUGUAUUUGCGUAUGGCGCCAACUCACUUCAAGGUUCAGUAACUCAGAUAAUGAUAUCUAAUACUGGAGGCUGGGGAGGUGUAGUAGUGGGAAUGUUCCUUUUAGGAGCCCUAAUUCCUUGGGCAAACAAGUACGGUGCCAUCAGCGGUGCAGUCUUGGCUCUUAUUGUCAGCAUGUGGAUUACUUUAGGAAGUUACAUAUCCGGUCCGAAAUCCAUAGUCUUGCCAUCACCACCAACUGACAUGUGCUUUCAGAACAGGUCUUUGACAGAAUUUGCAACUAACUUUUCCUCACAGUCAUAUUCUGGAACAACGACAACGUUCAGCUCUCAGACCAGACAGUUAUCGAAUCUCACAAGCUAUCAAGAGAAGUCUCCAUCUGAUGACGGAUUUUUCAUGUACGACAUCUCACACCUUUGGUUUUCUGCGAUCAGCUCCACGAUUACAUUCGUGGUAGGCAUUGCCGUCAGCUACUGCACUCGUAAAUACUGUGCAUCCGUUACUGAUCAGAAAUAUCUGUUCGUCGCCAUUCGGAAACUGUGGUUUCCAGAAAAGACCAAUGUAACACAGGAAUUGAACAGCGACGAGAUGGCGGUUAUGAUCUAA